UGUGCAGAGAAAGAAACAAUGGAGCGUGAUGAUGAUCAGUUUCAUGGAUAUCGCAGAAAGAUCCCAGAAAACUCAUCCACCUCUGCUCUGAAUCCUGGCGCCACCUCUUCUAAUCCCAUCGAAACCACCGCCGGCGUGGGUCAGAAGCAGCUGCCCAUGGAGCAGUACAUGCCCAUAGCAAACCUGACGCGCGUCAUGCGCCGUGUCCUACCUGCUCAUGCUAAGAUCUCCGACGAUGCCAAGGAGACCGUCCAGGAAUGUGUCUCCGAGUUCAUCAGCUUCAUAACUAGCGAGGCUAAUGACAGGUGCCACCAUGAGCUGCGGAAAACCAUCACCGCUGAGGAUGUCAUCGCCGCCAUGAGCAAACUGGGAUUUGACGACUACAUUGACCCUCUCACUCUCUACCUUCACCGCUAUCGCGAGUCGGAAAACGAACGUGACCGUAUGCCUCUGAGGCGUGGUAGGGAGUAUGGUUCGCUGGGGGCCGCAGCAAAUUAUGGGCCACCGCCACCGCCAUGGACGACAUUGCACAUUGGGAGCCAACAGGGGCUGUAUGACGCUGCACCCAUAGUUACACGCGACUACUUCAAGGAAGGGUCGAGUGCUGGCGGCAGCACCUCUUCUCGCCUUCCUCCUGAGUACAAGUAAACAGAUCCGGCCAUCUCCAGCAUUUCUCAAGAGUUUCAUGCCAAGUCCUUAGUAAUGAAGAAGCGUACAGUGUUCUAUCAACUACAAUACUGUCUUUUACUUUCCAAAUAUUAUACAUGCAUAAUUUAAAAUUUAAGUUUAUCGUAUUUAUUUUGUUGCCCAUAUUUUUAUAUAUGAUUUUUU